UACACAGAUUAUACAAUGGAUUGAGUUGGAUGGACUUAUGGGUAAAAUAUACCGUGGUUCAUUUAACAUGUAUACCGCUCCUCAGAAAGUUAUUCACAAAAACAACGGAAGUUAUGAAAUUACAUAACAAACACUAAGACAUGGGGUGCCAUCUGGACAAAUGAGAAGGAAUUCACUCACUAAUGAAGCUCGUUCGACGUCAGCUCAUCGGACGAAGGAACCAUACUCACUAACUCGACAAUCCCAACCGCUUGAUUAAAUUCUUCUGACUUUUUUCACCCCAUUGUGUCACCGGCGCCAUUUUCUCCCUCGCGGAAGCAGAUUAUUCGAAUUCACCCUCCAGCCAGAUGAUCACAAUGGAUUUCACCCAUCUAUACUGCUCUUACUUCCUAGGAAACAUUUCGACCCUUUCCGAUUACUCCUCUGCGAAUGUAAGCAGUGAGAACGAGGCAUCAGGAUUGCGAGGAACUGCAGACCCAGCAGAGCCCAGGACGAUCCUGAACAGCACACUCGAGGAACAGAGUCGCGAACAGAGAUCAGGAUCGUCGCAAGUUGAGGACCAGGUUGAGAAUGAGAAUGAAGAGAGAUGCGAUGGCGAGGAGGAGUACGAGGGUGAGGAUGAGGAGGAGGAGCAGGAUGAGUACGAGGAUGAGUUACGAGCUAUGGCAGAAUCGCACGAGGCCAUGUCCAAGGAUGAUAAGAGUACAGGGUCAAACUCCAGUAGUGCAGUCAGGACAAGUGCAAAGGAUCAAGAUAAACUUAAGAUGAUGAAGAUGUUCGAGUCAAGGGAGAAGAGCGUGGAGGAUGGCUCGGAUGAAACUGAAGCAUCAAACGAAGCUAUUGACGAGAGCAUUCUCAAGGAGAAGGACGUAGAGGUUGUUCAGUUACUGAAGUACAAAAACAUGCAUAGGGCUGAAGAAGCGCUAGAAAAGAGGGUCGAGCAGAAGAUGAAGAGAGUGCCGACUGUUAAGAAGGAGUUGAGCACCCAGAAAGAGAUCAACAGUGGCAAUGAAACUGAGACCGAAAAAAGAUUGGAUACUAAAGAUAUUUUUCAUCAGAUGAAUGACGAACUCAAAAAAUCUUAUCACAUAUCAUCUGAACCUUCGACAUACGUUAAAGAGGAGUCCCAGGAUAAGUCGACGGAAAGCACGUCUAAAAAGAUUUACCACGAGAAGCCCGUCUUGCAGACGAAGAUCCGGGAGGAUACGAAAUUCGAGGACUUGGAGUCUUCAUCCGAGGCUCCCCGAAAAGUUGACAAACGACAGGAGACUGUGCUACGUGACUUGGAGGCCUACCUCAGGGCGGAAUACGCCGCCGAACAGAAGCAAGAAGAACAGAAGCUCCAAGAGCUAGGCGCUCAGGAAGGCGCCCUGGCUGAAAGUCUUUUGAAGCUUCUGGUGAAGCUUGCUGAGAAUCCUCGAAGAUGGGAACGCGUGCACAGACUGCUCAUGGACGUCGAGGGGGGUCUGGAGCUUUCUCGUCGAGCUUUAGAAGCGCAGAAGAGAGGAUUCGACUUGAACACGAUGAUAAGUACAUCGACGUCGACAACAACUAUAUCACCGAUGUCGAGCACUCCGAAAAAAAAUAGAAAGAAAUUGAAAAAGAAGAAGAAGAAGAAGCCGCGUCAGCAUCGUUAUCCCAUCAGUACAACAGCAAUAGCAAGUACACCGUCCUUGCUUACCACAACGGAGACGCCCUGGUUGACGACGCCUAUGGAAUGGCGACUAGUCGCAGAGAGGUUAAUUGGACCACCAUGGUUAUGGAAUCUGCAGGAUGAUCCAAAUGUAGCGAAAGUUCGUUUCUCGUCCAAUCCACGUCUGAAACCUUCGCCGGCACGAGAAUUCGGACAACAAAUCCUGGACAGCAAGCAACGGGAGGAGCACAAAGCUCUGAACACCGAGCGUCAAGCACUGAUGCUAGAGUCGGCACGGGAAUACACGCAACCUAGACAUCUUCAUUAUGGAAAAGUGAAUACACAUCAAACAUUAGUACCACAUCGUGAGUCCGUUUCAGGUUAUGCUACCGAACGCGAGAACAGUAGGAUCCGCGAUUACGAUCCUCCUGAGCGAAGUUAUCAACGAUACGGGCAGUAUAGCCCACCUAGAGAAUUUUCACGUGGAAGAAGUCGUGAGGAAGAAUUCAUCCCUCCGGAGAGUUAUGCUCAGAAUCAUGAGUACAGGCCACCGGGUCUAGAAUACGCAGCUAGUAAGAGCUGGCAGGAUACUGCACAAUUUAAAUAUGGCCGACCGAGUUGGAAAACGGAUGACAGAUCGGUGGAAUCCGGUAAGUGGGGAUGGAGAGACUCUGGUGAUUUGAAGCUGUGGCCUCAGGUUGACGAUUCUAGACCUUGGCAAAGUAAUAGAGAUUACUGGCCGCAUCUUGAGGCCGAUCCUGAUAAGACUCGGUCACCGCAACGUGGUCAUACCGAACAGCAACCUUGGGAGACGGUGGCCGGGGUAGCCAACAGCUGGCCCGGUAAACCAAGUUCACCAUGGCCGACAACAGAUAAAAAUAAAGGAUAUUAUAGGGAGGAAUCUAGCUGGGAUAAAGGUAGAAAUCGAUCUGAACUGAGUAGAGAUGCUGUCAAGCAAAAUAAGGAUAAGGAUAAGGGUCUAGCUCCCAAGGUCACUAUGAAGUCCUGGAAUAGUCUCACUUCAGAUCCCGCUACAUGGCCGUUUAAAUUGCCCGGUACGAAACCCUGGCCUAAGGACAAGAAUGGGAAAUCCUACAACCCAAAUGCUGAUCUGGUGAGAAAGUUGGGGCUAGACAAGCAGGGAAGACUUUUAUCCGAUAAAGAAUCAACAAGUGACUUCAAGUCUUAUCAGCCCUCCAAUGCGAAAUACAAGGCCGUCAAGAUCAGCAAGGAUGUCGCUCCAAAGGUACAAGAUUCCCUCAAACAGCCUGUUUCCUGGCCCCUGAAGAUGACUCCUGGAAAACAAUGGCCGAUUAAGCCGAGCAAAGACUAUAAUCCUGAUGUCGAUCUUGUUAAAGCUUUGACCCUCGAAGAUAACCCAAGAUCCUGGACUGGGAACGUAGAUAACAGUCGUAAAGGAUGGCAAGAAAAGUCCGCAAUAUCACCAAAAAUCCAAUCAGUCGGCGCAUGGGUUAUGCCUGCUGAUCAAUCCACAUGGAAACCGUAUAAUUUAAAGGCUCUCGAUUCCUACAACAGAGACAUAGAAGAUGCUGGACGACGAUGGCCCACGUCCGUAUCCGAAAGUCAAGGAACUUGGCCGUCCAAAUCGGAAGAUGGACCAUGGCCGUCAAAGAUCACUGAGAAUUGGAACAACUUUGGGAAAUCCUCACCACCGGGAACUUGGCCCAAGUGGAAGCAAUUUGCUUAUCACAGAGUAACAGCAAUGCCAGUCAUGAAUACAGGAUCAUCCAUGGAUGGUAGUAGAUCUAGAAAUGCAUUUAUAGCAAUGUCCGCCGUGUCGCCAAAGUACAAUGGAAACCAAUGGCGCAAAAACGACAUAGAAGAGACACCUGCACAGCAAUCAAUUACUGGUUCUACUGAUCCAGAUCAUCCUAGCAGUCAGUUACGCGCAGGUAUAGAGCCAGCAAUAUAUACAUGGAAAAAAGAUGGCGCCUCCAUCAAAAGAAAUUCAACUGAUGCUCUGGAGGAUCAGUUAGAGGAACUCAGACGUGCAGCAUCCUGGUCCCACACUGAGAAUGUCAAUAAUAUCAAAAAGCAAUUGAACGCCAUCAGCGACGCCUCAGUUUCUCUGGUAUCCCAUCUGGCGUCAUCGGUACCAUCCAAUUCAUCAAGUGGAUCACACGCAGACAGAUUGGUUACCGAGAUGAAAAAUCGAAUUAAUCUGCAGACCAAUCAGGGUCAAGAAGAUAAGGAAUUAUCAAAGAAGUAAAAGAGUCCGGACCAGAAUAAUAAUACUUGUGAAAGCUUCGAACUCUCAUUACCGAUCUUCAUCCGUUAAAUCUUGAUCGCCGGAUAUCGCAAAGUCCUGUAAGGCAUCGUUAUAGGAAAGAAAAAUCGCAACGGGUUUUGCUAAUAAUAUGGUACACUGAAAAGCACAAUGAUGACUAAUUAAAAUAUAACAAUAAGUAUCCAUCGUAAUAUCCUUCGCCAUUUCAUUGAACUGAUUUGUGAGAAAUGUACGCGCUAUUGACUCGAAUCGUUGAAUCUAAUGAACUUUAUUCAAUUAAAGACGAGAAUAUAUAUAUAUUUGUUAAUUGGUAUGCCGAUCCCUGUUAUAUUAAUUUAUUCCUUAAUUACGUAUUUCAAUAUUUUUAGAUAUGUUUUCUUUGUUAUACCGUAUGGAAAUGUCGAAAACAUAAGAGAAUAGUGUCCACCACAUGUACACGUGACCAAGAUACGCGUUAUGUAUAUUUUUAUUUAUAUCUUAUUUAGCUAUAAGAAAAGUAAGAUUUGCCAUCUAGUCAUUACGAUGCUUAACCAAUAAGAAACAGAUCCGCUCCUGGUAGAUGUACAGUCACGUAUAGCGUAUAGCAAAAAAUUCACCAUUAUGAACGACGAAAUGAUAAUGAUAAGAAAAUAAAAGGAACAUUAGUCGAUAAAAACAAUAAAGCACAAGCUAGAAUAAUAAUGUGAAAAAAUUUACGACACUAAGAAACGAACGGAUGAAAGAGAUAGUUGCUGAUAAGACUCACGGCAUAUCAGGUGGAGUAACAAAUUUUCUAAAAUGAGAAUGUUCGAGGAAAGAUUAGAUCGAUGUGUAAAUACAAAAUAUGAUUGGAUUAUAAAUCAACACUCUGUCAGUCCGUAUAUCAUAUAAACAUAUGAAUAUAUGUACGACCAUACGUAUGAGUAUAUUUAUAAAAUAAAAUCAAAAAUUAAAAAAUGGA